AUGGGAGAAACUGGGUUACCUCCUAAUUGGACUAUUAGAGUAUCUAGUACCCAUAACAGAGAAUACUUUUAUAACCAAUCCACUAAGGACUCGUCGUGGGAAUGCCCAUUUGGUACCGAUAAUGAUAAACUACAAUUGUACUUAUCUAAAUUUAAACAAAAUGGAAAUCGCCCGGUUGUUGCAGAAGAUGGUAAGAUUCGAGUGACUCACAUCUUGAUUAAACACAAACAGUCAAGAAGGCCGAGCUCUUGGAAAAGUCCCGAUGGCAUAACAAUCAGUCGUGAUGAAGCAAUUGUAAGUUUAAAGAAAUUGCAGAAAAAAAUCCUUGACGGUGAAGCAAAGAUUGGAGAGUUUGCUCAAACCGAAAGCGACGAUUCUUCCCACACAAGUGCUGGUGACAUAGGAUAUUUCAAAAAAGGGCAGAUGCAGCCUUCUUUUGAAGAAGCUGCGUUCAGCUUACAUGUGGGUGAACUCAGUGAUCUUGUGGAAACCGAUAGUGGGAUCCAUCUCAUCCAACGAGUCGCUUAA